UUCCAUGAUACUUUUUAUUCUCUCUUAUUUCCGUUCCACAUGGAAAGCAGAAGUAGCCUAAGUGCCAAACUCCCAAACCCAAGCAGGAGCACGAACGGAAAUUGAAAAAGACGCCAGAAGGGAAGUCGCCGAGAGAGAGACGCCGUCGCCCGCCUGCACGCUCCACUGCUGCAGAGUCUAGCCGCUGCCCGCCAGACGCCACCUCGCCGGAAACUCUCCCGCCUCCAGGUCCCGGAGUCCAGGUACGGAGUCCAUCCAGGGCUGAAGCUUUGCGUGGAGUGUAGAGCUAUGGCCGCUUCCACCGGAGUGGGGCUAUCUUGGGCAUCGAGUUUGACCCACAACCGCAUGUCAAGAUUGGCGGCGCAGCCAUCUGGUCGCCGUUGGAUUCCCUCUUCUUCUCCCAGUGCCACCACUAGAAUGGCGGUGUCAUCAGUCCUCGAGAAGCAGAACAAUUUUACUCUCCAGAAAUCCGAGGAAGCUUUCAAGAAGGCAAAGGAGUUGAUGCCUGGAGGUGUGAAUUCGCCUGUUCGUGCCUUCAAAUCAGUCGGCGGGCAGCCUAUUAUGAUUGAUUUUGUGAAGGGCUCGUAUAUGUGGGACAUAGAUGGAAAUAAGUAUAUCGACUAUGUAGGUUCUUGGGGCCCAGCUAUCAUCGGCCAUGCAGAUGACAAGGUACUGACAGCAUUGACCGAAACAAUGAAGAAAGGGACAAGCUUUGGUGCUCCAUGUCUUCUUGAAAACACAUUGGCAGAGAUGGUCAUUGAAGCUGUUCCGUCCAUUGAAAUGGUUCGAUUUGUUAAUUCAGGGACAGAGGCUUGCAUGGGUGUGCUAAGACUUGCUCGUGCUUUCACUGGGCGAGAAAAGUUGAUCAAAUUUGAGGGAUGUUACCACGGGCAUGCAGAUCCGUUUCUUGUUAAAGCAGGCAGUGGGGUUGCUACCUUAGGGCUCCCAGACUCCCCUGGAGUUCCCAAAGCAGCAACAUCAGAAACACUUACUGCCCCCUACAAUGACAUUUCAGCCGUGGAAAGCCUCUUUCACGCCAACAAAGGGGAAAUUGCAGCCAUUAUCCUGGAGCCUGUAGUUGGAAAUUCUGGUUUUAUUUUGCCCAAGCCCGAUUUUCUCAAUGCAUUGCGUCGGAUGUCAAAAGAGAAUGAUACUCUCCUCAUCUUUGAUGAAGUCAUGACUGGAUUUCGCUUGUCAUACGGUGGAGCUCAGGAGUAUUUUGGCAUAACCCCUGAUUUGACAACACUUGGGAAGAUCAUUGGUGGUGGCUUGCCUGUAGGGGCAUACGGUGGGAGGAGGGAUAUUAUGGAGAUGGUGGCACCUGCUGGACCUAUGUAUCAGGCUGGGACGUUGAGUGGAAAUCCUCUGGCAAUGACUGCUGGAAUCCACACGCUAAAGCGGUUAAAGGAACCAGGAAGCUACGAAUACUUGAACAGCAUCACGGGUGAAUUGAUCAAUGGGAUUUUGGUGGCUGGACGGGAGGCAGGUCAUGCAAUAUGUGGUGGGCAUAUCAGCGGCAUGUUUGGCUUCUUUUUCACGGAUGGCCCAGUUUACAACUUUGCUGAUGCAAAGAAGAGUGACACUGCAAAAUUUGCAAGAUUCUAUAGAGGAAUGCUAGAGGAAGGCGUGUAUUUUGCACCUUCCCAAUUCGAAGCUGGUUUUACUAGCUUAGCGCAUACUCCUGAGGACAUUCAACACACAAUCACAGCUGCUAAGAGGGUUUUCCAGAAACUCAAAUAGUUUUCUUCUUAUUUUUCAUUUCAUAUUUCUGUUCAUUUCCCUCAUCUUUGGAAUUAACUUUGCUCGAAGUUAGGUUUGAUGUUUGUGCUUGAUCCAUUGUUUCUGUGGAUUUGUGUAAUAGCAUUUCAGGCUGUCAUCAAGCUGUUUUCCCUUGAUUCAAAAGCAGAAGCUGCUAUGUGAUGGUUUGUUUGUAAUUAUAUAUAGAGUGAGGAACAUGGGAGGUGUGGAUAAUGAUGAACCUGUUAAACGGCACGGCCACCCCUAAAGAGGUGCUAGAGGUGGUUUUACAACUAUGAUUAUUUUUCACAAAGACAAAAAUCCCAAGAGCACUCCAACAAAUAAAAACGCAAGAAUAAUGUAGGGAAGUGCAAGAGACAACGAUGUAUCUUGCUUCGACUUAAUGUCUAUGCCCAGUCUCCGAACAAAAAGUGCCUGAGAUU